GAAAAUGUCUGUGAUAUCAAAGCGAUAGACAGUUCUUCCCCUAAUGCUCACUUUGUACUUUUGCUUAUAGGACUUCAGUACAUUUUACAGUCAGAGCUUUAUGGACCCAGUUAUGUAGCUUUCCAUGGCCACGCUGAACAUACACAUUUUGAAAACAUUUUAAAGCUAAAAUUCAGUUCAAGAACCCUGAUCUUCACUCUACCCAAAAGGGCUUUAAAAGCGUUUAUCUUUAAUAACUGUAUGAAUAUUUACUCUAGUGGAUUUAAAAGGGGAAGGGAAAAAAACACCCAAACCACCGAUUGUUUGUUUUAGCAGAUUGUGAACAUGGCUGUGUGGAUCCAGGCCCAGCAGCUGCAAGGAGAUGCCCUUCAUCAGAUGCAGGCCUUGUACGGCCAGCAUUUCCCCAUUGAGGUGCGCCAUUACCUAUCCCAGUGGAUCGAGAGCCAGCCUUGGGACUCAAUAGAUCUUGAUAAUCCACAGGAGAACAUUAAGGCCACCCAGCUCCUGGAGGGCCUGGUGCAGGAGCUGCAGAAGAAGGCGGAGCACCAAGUGGGGGAAGAUGGGUUCUUACUGAAGAUCAAGCUGGGGCACUAUGCCACGCAGCUCCAGAACACGUAUGACCGCUGCCCCAUGGAGCUGGUCCGCUGCAUCCGGCACAUUCUGUACAAUGAACAGAGGCUGGUCCGAGAAGCCAACAAUGGCACCUCUCCAACUGGGAGCCUUGCUGACAUCGUGUCCCAGAAACACGUUCAGAUCAACCAGACAUUUGAGGAGCUGCGACUGGUCACGCAGGACACUGAGAAUGAACUAAAGAAGCUGCAGCAGACUCAAGAGUAUUUCAUCAUCCAGUAUCAAGAGAGCCUGAGGAUCCAGGGUGAGGCUGCUGCAGGGUGGGCGGUGUGUGCAGUGAGGACGGGAGUGAGGGCCAGAAAGAAACUCGGGUCGUGCGGGAAGAGAACCGGUGGCCUUUCUGGAGGAGCAGGGGAUCGGUGGAGCUGGGUCUUGGGGGGCUCUCCCCAGGCUGGGAGCCUUUUCACCUCUGGCCUGGGGGAUGGGGUGAAGCUGGUGUCCUUCCCUUUGGCCUCGGGGCUCAUGCGCAGGUGUGAGAAGCUGGCCGAGAUCAUCUGGCAGAACCGGCAGCAGAUCCGCAGAGCUGAGCACCUCUGCCAGCAGCUGCCCAUCCCCGGCCCAGUGGAGGAGAUGCUGGCUGAGGUCAAUGCCACCAUCACUGACAUCAUCUCAGCCCUGGUGACCAGCACGUUCAUCAUUGAGAAGCAGCCCCCUCAGGUCCUGAAGACCCAGACCAAGUUUGCAGCCACCGUGCGCCUGCUGGUGGGUGGGAAGCUGAACGUGCACAUGAACCCCCCCCAGGUGAAGGCCACCAUCAUCAGUGAGCAGCAGGCCAAGUCACUGCUCAAGAAUGAGAACACCCGCAAUGAUUACAGUGGAGAGAUCUUGAACAACUGCUGUGUGAUGGAGUAUCACCAGGCCACAGGCACGCUCAGCGCCCACUUCAGAAACAUGUCCCUGAAACGAAUUAAGAGGUCUGACCGUCGUGGAGCAGAGUCAGUGACCGAAGAAAAAUUUACAAUCCUGUUUGAAUCACAGUUCAGUGUUGGCGGAAAUGAGCUGGUUUUUCAAGUGAAGACCCUGUCCCUCCCGGUGGUGGUGAUUGUCCACGGCAGCCAGGACAACAAUGCGACGGCCACUGUUCUCUGGGACAAUGCUUUUGCAGAAUCUGGCAGGGUGCCGUUUGCCGUGCCUGACAAAGUGCUGUGGCCGCAGCUGUGUGAAGCGCUCAACAUGAAAUUCAAGGCCGAAGUGCAGAGCAACCGGGGCCUGACCAAGGAGAACCUCCUGUUCCUGGCACAGAAACUGUUCAACAGCAGCAGCAGCCACCUCGAGGACUACAACAGCAUGUCCGUGUCCUGGUCCCAGUUCAACAGGGAGAAUUUACCAGGACGGAAUUACACUUUCUGGCAGUGGUUUGAUGGUGUGAUGGAAGUGUUAAAAAAGCAUCUCAAGCCUCAUUGGAAUGAUGGGGCUAUUUUGGGUUUCGUGAAUAAGCAACAGGCCCAUGAUCUUCUCAUUAACAAGCCCGAUGGGACCUUCCUGCUGAGAUUCAGCGACUCUGAAAUUGGCGGGAUCACCAUUGCUUGGAAGUUUGAUUCUCAGGAAAGAAUGUUUUGGAAUCUGAUGCCUUUUACCACCAGAGACUUCUCCAUCCGGUCCCUGGCCGACCGCCUAGGGGACCUGGAUUACCUUAUCUACGUGUUCCCUGAUCGGCCGAAAGAUGAAGUGUACUCCAAAUAUUACACACCAGUUCCAUGCGAGCCUGCCACUGCUAAAGCAGUGGACGGAUACGUGAAGCCGCAGAUCAAGCAAGUGGUCCCUGAGUUUGUGACAUCUGCAGACGCUGCUGGGGGCAGUGCCACCUACAUGGACCAGGCCCCCUCCCCUGUUGUGUGCCCCCCGACUCAUUACAACAUGUACCCACAGAACCCUGACCCGGGCCUGGAGACCGAUGGGGACUUUGAUCUGGACGACACAAUGGACGUGGCGCGCCGUGUGGAGGAACUCUUAGGCCGACCUAUGGACACUCAGUGGAUCCCUCAUGCGCAGUCGUGACCUCGCAUCUCCAUCUUCAGCUUCGUCAUCCUCGCCGGAGGAGUUACUCUUGUGGAUGUUUUAAUUCCAUGAAUCGCUUCUCUUUGGAAACAAUACUCAUAAUGUGAAGUGUUAAUACUAGUUGUGACCUUAGUGUUUCUGUGCAUGGUGGCACCAGUGAAGGGAGUGUGUGUGUGUGUGUGUGUGUGCGUGUGUGUGUUUGUACGUUGCGGUGUUUCUCCCCCUUGCUGUCCAGAGUUUAGCUGCAGCAUUUGGGGCCACAAACAGAGGCUGUGGUGGUUUUAACCUCGUGCAAAAAGGCAGUUAGUUCCAUGGACCCUAGAACUUGGCCCUGUGUCUUGAGGGUGGCUGAACUUUGCCAUGUGGCUGUUCAAGUAAGAAAAAGACAAAGAGAGGAGAAAGCACCCCCUCUCUGGUGAGUCUCUGUCGCCGUGCCUGCCAAAGCAAUUGUUAUAUAACCAUGAUUAUCUCUGCUUUUCUUCUGAAAUGUGGAAACCGCCUUUCGACAAAGAAAGCCAGUCCUCCCUGCCCUUUCCCCCUACCCCAUUUCCCUGGGUAGCGAUGGGAAAAGGGGUAACAUAGGAGGAUUUUUGGGUCAAGGGGAGUCGGGGUCUUCGGAUGGGCAGUGGCUUUUUAAAUAACACUUAACCCAUCUUACUGUUCUCUCCGUCCCGCCUUCCCUCCCUGUGUCUCCGGCCCUCCUCCUCUCACUCAGUUCCUCUGUGUGCGCACAUGUGCAGAUGAGCUAGAGGAAAGAAGAGAGGGUCACGCAACCGAAGCUUACAGUGCUGAUGUCCUUUGUGUUGCGGCCGGAGUGGAAUGCCCAGCCCUGACUCGCAGGCGCCCAGAGUGUUUGUUGCCUUGUCGCCCAGGGAAGCUGCCGUCCAGUCUGCCCAUCCUUCCUCCGCGCUGGAAGGCUUAUUGAUAACAGCUUUUUGCAAAUGCUGAAUGGUGUUUUUGUUUCUAAAUUGGGACUUAUUUUCUCCUUCCCACCUUAAUUUGACAUCAAAAUUCUUUCUUCCUGUGCCAAGUCCCGUGCCAUUCAUACCCAGGUCACCUCAUUUCCCUUCACUGUUCAUGCACUAUGUCUCGGGGAGUGGGUGGCAGGAGUGUGGCCUGAACCCAGGGCCAGCAUGUUCAGCAGGUGUUGUUGCCCACCUGGUGCAGGGUUCUGGGUGUCAGGCAUUGGUAAUUUGGGGAAACGCAGUCAGCGGGUUUGCUGAAAGCUUGGGAAGCUGCAAAAACAAAAAGCCUCAGCAUAAUUUUGUCCAUAGUUUCUUCCAUAGCCUUAUACCAGAAGGAAGGAAUGGGCUAUGGCAGGCAGGUGGGAAGAGAGGGGAGCAGGUAUAGCUUUUGGGUUAGGCCUACAAGGCCACCUCUGGACCCCUCUCCAAAAGGACAUGAGCAUGCCCAGGAGAGAAUGGCCCUAAAAACCUUAUUUUUAUACAUGUAAGUAAAUAAACAUAUUUUUUUUACAAAAAUAACUUCUGAACUUAUCAGUGUUUUGAUGUUAAAGGAAACUAUUUCUCUGUAGUAAAUUAUUUAUUGGAAGAUGACUUUUUAAAAGCUGCUGUUUGCCCUGGCUUGGUUUCAUACACUGAUUUAUUUUUCUAUGCCAGGAAGUAGAAUUUCUCUGCCUCUGAGGAGCAGGCUGACCCCUCCAUGGAUACCAGCAUUGAUAGAGGAUGCUGCUAAGCCCUUUACGUACCCCUCAGGAUUAGAUUGAAAUUCCACCUGUGAGGAUGGGAGUCUUGGGGAAAGGUGAAAAGGAAGCCUGACUGCUCUCAGACCCAGUCUCAAAGAGCCCCCGCCUGCCUGUCACUCAGGCUUCACCAACACCUGCCUCACGGUGAUGGCCUCACUGUCCCAGCGGGGGGGACAGGGCUCAGGGAUGGACCACUUUCAGAUUGGUAGUGGACCCAGCCCUAGGGCAUGCUGAGGGAGCGCUCUCACUUUGCAGUGGGCAGUGGGGUUGGGGGGCGGGUACCGAGUGUGGGGUUCCCAUGCUUGUCCAGUUGCUGAACUGUCCUCAGUUUUCCUGAGCCUGUGCCUAUCUGUGGGACAGAUUUUUGACUGAAAGAUGCGCUCGCUAUCUGCAUUACACUUUCUCCCUCCUCCCUGUCCCUGCAAACCAGAAGAGGCCGUGGGAAGCCGCCACCGCCUCCGCCUCCGCCUCUCGCUCGCUCCCAGACACACACGAGUCACCAGAGUGUGCCAGCUCCAUGUGUGCGAUGUGCAGGGUUUUGUAGGGGGUGGUGGGGAAUCAAAGUGAAUAUAACUCAAAAUGGAAGUAUACUUUUUAUAACUUUUCUUUUUAAAACUUUGUGAAAUUAUUUCAGAUACAUAUUUUAGUGUUGAGGCAGAUUAGUAUAUAGCCACCAGAAAAGUAUUGUGUACAAUUUUACUUGGGGCAAUCACAAAAUAGUGUAUUUUAUGUUACAAUAAAGGUUUCCCCUGAAGGGACAA